GCAAAAAUGUCUGCAGCAUGCGAAUUCCUCGCGCUCCACACUGGUCAGAAGAUACCUCUCAUAGGAUUGGGAACUUGGAAAAGUGACCCUGGCCAAGUGAAAGAAGCAGUGAAAUAUGCCCUAAGCGUGGGUUAUCGCCACAUUGACUGUGCCGCAGCUUACAGCAAUGAAGCCGAGAUAGGUGAGGCUUUCCAGGAAUGCAUUGGGCCCAACAAGGUUAUGAAAAGAGAGGACUUAUUUGUAACAUCAAAGCUCUGGAAUACGAAGCACCACCCUGAAGAUGUGGAGCCAGCACUAAGGAAAACCCUUGGAGAUUUGAAGCUGGCUUACCUGGACCUGUACCUCAUGCACUGGCCUCACGCCUUUGAACGAGGGGACAAUCCCUUCCCAAAGAAUCCCGAUGGCACAAUGCGUUAUGAUUAUACUGACUACAAGGAUACCUGGAAGGCCAUGGAGAAGCUGGUAGAAAAAGGUCUUGUGAAAGCCAUAGGGCUGUCAAACUUUAACAGCCGUCAGAUCGAUGAUGUUCUCAGCGUGGCCACCAUCAAACCAGCUGUGCUGCAGGUGGAAUGUCACCCCUAUCUAGCCCAGAAUGAGCUGAUAGCUCACUGCCAAAAACGAGGCCUGGUUGUCACUGCCUACAGUCCACUUGGCUCUCCCGAUCGAAUGUGGAAACAUCCAGAUGAGCCUGUGCUUCUAGAAGAACCUGGGAUCAAAAAACUGGCAGAAAAAUACAGCAAGUCACCUGCCCAGAUCAUCCUCAGGUGGCAAGUGCAGCGCAAAGUUGUUGCCAUUCCCAAGAGUGUCACUCCUGCUCGCAUUCUGCAGAACCUCCAGGUUUUUGAUUUCAGUCUCACAGAAGAGGAGAUGAGCCACAUCGGGAGCCUGAAUAAAAACUGGCGUUACAUCGUGCCGAUGGUUACGGUGAAUGGAAAGCUAGUAGCAAGAGAUGCUGGACACCCCCACUACCCCUUCAAUGACCCCUAUUAACUACAGAAAAUAAGAUGUUAGAAUAACAUGCUCCUCUGCAUGCUCUUCCACAAGUAAUUCUUGCCAUAGUUUAUCAAAAAGCCUUUCCAAAUAAAACCUUCCUCUGCAAAUAGGAGGCCUGAGAAGGUCUACUUUUAAUUACUUUUGAUUGAUCUCCUUUCUGCAGAUACUGUAGCUUCCACGUCAGAGUUUGUGGGAUU